AUGUCGCGCGCACGGUGCUGCACGCUGACUUUUGUAUUAAAUUAUUUGAAGUUAAACGAACCAGGUGACGAACACACGAAAAAUCCCGGUAAAAUCUUCGCGCUUUCGGUCCAAUGCGGCGAUUCGUGUGUGGAAACUUCGGGUACGCUCGAUUCGUUGAACCAAGAACGGCCGGGAAAUGUGGUGUGCUUUGCCCUUACUCUGUUCAGCGUGAGUGGAGCGAAUUGUAGAGAAAAAUUUAUCGAAUUUCUAACCCGGAACACGAUCAAGCUGGUGCUGCGAGAUGAAAAAAAGAUCUGUUGCACUGGAACUCUGAGGCUGUGGAACUACGAAGUGGAUCAGUUCGACCCUGUUGCUGUGCAGCUAGAAUUCAACCUUGUUGAUCCGCAAACACUGUGGCCUGUCGGAGUAGGAAGCGUGAUUUUACAAUUCUCCGUCGAUAAGCCCACCGUUGACCAGACGAGCAUCAUGUACGUCAUUAAUGAUCAGGCGGAUCAAGGCAAGCCGGAACGGACCGCACGGCGAAGUACUGUAGUGGAGGCACUGACAUGUGAGACGUGUAACGGUCUGCGAUCCACGGAAGAACUCGAUCUUCAGUACGAGCUAGUCGAAGGGAUUCUGCACAGCAAAGCGAUGGGUAGCACCGAACGAGCGAUUCUUCGGAUCAAAGAGAAGGUUCGGGGGGUCGUUUUGGACGAAACAAUCGGAAGGCGCGACACCUUCACGCCCGACGAAUCCGAUGACCUCGGGGAGCGUUGUUGUAACAUCUGCGGUGGGCUAAGUGUAACCGGGGCAACUUGUGGGGCGAAAGAGACCGACGCCAUGGGCAGGCAAUCGAGCCGAAGUAGUCGUCAACCGGACAGCAGCGUGCGCCCUGAACUUUGCAAGCGAUCCGAAAAGAAGCAAACGACCGCCAAUCGUUACUGCGACCGUUGUAACGCGUGCCUGAACUGGCUUCCGGACUUCUGCCGCUGCCCGAAGUGUGGCCACAAAAAGUCUCAAGCCGCAGAAGGUGGUCACCACGUGCGGCCAUCUAAAUAUUGGGCGGCUACAGAGGCGACACUUUCAUCAGCGGAGAGAAGCGCAUCGAACUCCACCGCCUCCGUCACGGUGGUGGCGUCCUCACAGUCCUGUCCCAUCUGCCACCUUCGCCAAGGACGAUGUGUGGAUUGUUCGAAUGAAAUCGAACAGCGCAAACAAGGUGCCUCUUCCGACUCGGAGCUUCUGGAACAACAGCGCUCAGCGGCGCGUCCUGUCACAAGACGACCCCCGCUAAAGGACCGUCAGCGAACUCGGACAUCGAGCAAACGGUACUCGGUGGAAGUGCGUGAACCAACUGUACAGAGCGAACGGUUGGCACGGCUGCGUAAAGCGUAUGCGGCCCAAUCGCCAGACAGCCAUCCAUCGGACAUGGCAAAAGCUCAUCCACUGACCGCCGCUCAGAUUCGCAAGCACCACAGCAAAUUCCUGCGCAAGGUUGGGGAACAGAACCGGAGUCGCUAUUCGUACCGGUUUGGCAAGCGACCGUCUGGGAUCGUGGCCGGUCAUAAGGGCUGCAUGAAACAGGAGGUACUCGUUCCACCGUACAUGGGCUGGCGGUGGAAUAUCGCUACCCUGGGCAUCGGAAAGCACCGGCCCGGGUGGCGCCCUGGUGCCGUCCGCAAACCGAUCAUGAUGCUCAUGCAACACUUUCUCAAGUGCUUUCCGAUGGACAUCGUGCCUGUUUCGACGAAAACGGGAUGCCCUCUUCACGGCAACCGCCCGCCACCGGCCGACGGCGACUGUUGGGACGAAAAAGGUCGCCAGAAGCCGACGCUGCAGGUCAUCAAAAAGCACGGCGAAUACUGCAUCACGAUGAACCCUCUGCGGGACUCGGAAGCACUGCGAACGGCCAGCAAACCUCAGCUGCCGUGUAAGCCGAUCACAUUUAAACUGUCCAAAGAUCCUCGUCUGACCAAAUUGUACAAGCUGCGCCAUGCGCUGAAGCAGAAGUCUCUAACGCUCUGCGGAUGCAAACAGCUGGAAAAUUGUAACCAUCGCACGGAGCGAGAAAAGAAGUUGCUGGGCGAUGAGAUACGCCUCGCGGCGAAAGGGCUGGGACUGCCGGCGGACACAACCGUCGCCGACUUGCCGAGCGAGAGUGAAAGCGAGAUUGACUUUGAUUUCACUCCACCGUCUGCGAUCAUUCGGGUUGACGUCACCAAACCGGACGUGGUGCUGACGGGGACACAGUACAGCCAAGGUGACUACGAAGUUACCGAGCCACGAGUGGUGCCACGUGAAACAAAGGCUAGGGCCAGGAGUACGCCUGGUGCCGCUCCUGGAAGCUACAUCCCCAAACCAAUUGCUGCUGCAGGCCAUCCCGGUGGCCCGAAGGUCACAGCGGGAACGAAGAUUAGCAAACCAGCGAAGGCGGCGGAAAGCUCGUCUAAGACCGGCGCUGGGCCGGGCAAACCAGUGAAGCCUGCUGAAGGCUCAUCUAAGACCGUAGCCGAGCCGACCAAAUCAACAAAGGCUGGGGAAGGCUCGCGUAAGCCCGGAACCCAAUCCGGAGCCGACCGGAAGACGAAUACACCAGCUCGUAAGAGUGUCUACUUUACGGGUAGCGCAAAACCUAGCACUGCACCACCACCACCCCGAAAAAGCGUAACCAGCAUAGCACAACCUGCCACCAGGAAGGACCAGAUUGCACAGGGUGUGAAGACGAAAGUCGCCCCGAAGGUUCCGGUUCCGCCGCGGAAACCAUCUAAGCCGUAA